AUGUUAUGUGCAGUUGCACAGGAUGCAAAUAACCGGCUAUAUCUACUUGCAUUUGGUAUUGUGGAUAGUGAGAAUCAUGAUUCUUGGAAGUAUUUCAUGUCAAAGCUAAAGAAAACGAUUGGGGAAGUUGAAGACUUGGUGUUUGUAUCUGACAGGCAUGCAAGUAUUACACAUGCCUUGGAAACUAUUUUCCCUGAUGCCUAUCUCGGUGCUUGCUACCACCACAUUAGUAUGAAUGUGGUUGCUAAAUUCAAGACUGAUCAUUUUCAUGUGUUGAUGUAUAAUGUGGCAUAUGCUUUUAGGAAAUCCGAGUUCCACGCUCACUUCGAAAAAAUCAAAUCAAAAGAACCAACUAUUGCUAAUCCUAGAAGGUAUAAUAUAAUGACAAGCAAUUAUGCUGAAAGUUUCAUCAAUAAGACCCAGGAUGCUAGGAGCUUUCCGAUAACUACAUUCGUCGAAUUUAUUCACUUCACACUGCAAUUUUGGUUCUGUGAUAGGAGAGAAACUAGCGAGAAGACAACUACAACUCUUGCACCGACCUAUGAGAAAGAUUUGGUGGAUAUAGUUGAGAAAACUCGAUUCUUGAUCCCUUAUGCAAUAGGGAGGCAUGAUUUCCAUGUGUUAGAUGGUGAGAUGAAUGGUGAAGUCGACCUCCUAAAUAAGACAUGCACUUGUGGCGUGUUUCAGCUUAUUGGCAUCUCAUGUGUUCAUGUACUAUCUGGAUCCCUUAAGAGAGGGGUGAACUUUUAUUCUCUGUGUUCAGAUUACUAUAAAAUUGAGACAUGGAUGUCCUCUUACACAGAAUCUAUAUACCCUACUGGUAAUGAGGAAGAGUCGAGUGUUCCAUAUGAUAUUAUAACAAUAAAAGUGAGAACACUUACGCAAAAAAAUCCAGUUGAUUGUCCAAAGAAGAAACAAGGUAGGCCUAAGAAGAAAUGCCAUCCUUCCAAUGGAGAGAAAAUGGUUGUAGAACGCAAGUGCAGCAUAUGUGGAGGUCUAGGCCAUAAUAGGGCAACUUGUAAAGUUCGAGUUUGA